AUGAUUGCAUCGGAAAUGCCAUUCAAUUGAUUGUCUUUUAUUUAUAUGUUUUAAUUGUUUGUCAUUUCAUUCACAUUAUCAUUGGUUUAGAGAUUAAGACAAAAGCAAAUGUCUGUCAAAAAGAGUAAAGUUGUGGUCAAUAAUGUACUGUCGAGUGACGAAGAGGUUGAAUCGGGUUUAGAUUUGGAUGACAUUAAUGGUGCCAAUGAUAGCGAUUUCGACGGCAUUGCCGAAGACAUUGAGGGCUCCGCCACCACAUCCAAGACGGAGACCAACAGCGGAUGGGCCGACGCUAUCAAUAAAGUGCUGUCCGUUAAGACCAAAAACAAAUCAUUUAUUUUAUCGAAAGCUAAAAAAGAUAAAGACCUCAAACGACAAGUAGAUGAGACCACAGAUGACUUAGAGAUUGUGGGAACCGAUGGAACUGUUGUCAAGAGUUGGCAAAAGACUAAAAAACAAAAAACUGAAGCAAAUGUUGGAGAGAAGGGUAGAAAUAAGUCAAAGUUAAGUAAAGUCGAGUGGGAAGUGAUGAACAAACUGAAGCCCAAAGCCGAGGACAGGGAUAGGGAACGGCUGUUGUGUUCGAUAGCUACCAAAGGUGUGGUCCAACUGUUCAACGCUGUCCGACAGCAACAGACAGCCAUCGAAAGCAAACUCAAUGAAGUCGGCUCUUCGGAGACAAGAAGAGACAAAAUGAUGACUCAAUUCAAUAAAAACCAAUUUCUCGAUAAACUUAAACAAAAGGAUAAUUCAAAUAAAAGCAAUAAAUCCAAUGAAUCGGACAAAAAGGAUACUGAAGAGCAGAAGUGGAGAGUAUUGAGGGAUGACUUCAUGAUCGGCGCUAAGAUGAAGGAUUGGGACAAAGAGAGCGAUUCCGAUGAAGAAUCAGACCAUUAAUACAGAAAUCAUAUAUUAAUAUAGUUUUUUAAUUACAUUGUGUUACGAAGCUAUUAAAAAACAUUAUUUUCAUGAAUUAAAUACAAAACUCAUUAGAAACUGUAGUUUUUUACUUAUUUGGAUGUAAUUUAUGUGAAAUAAAUGCAAACGAC